AAAGAAUUUUAUCAAUUAUCAACAGCCUAUAAUAUCCUAACUGACGAAACCGAAUGUUUUCAAAUGUCUAUAUUUUUUGACUUGCACAUAAAUGUUAUUGUUAGACCGCCAAAACAAUCACUUAAAAUAACUGACACUUUAGAUACAUAUAAUCAAACUUAUAAUAAUGACAAUACACGUCAAGAUGAUUUUAUAUGA